AUGGCGGCAUUCGUUCCUCGCCGCGCAUUCCCUCAUCUCUCUUCGAUCCCACGAUCCUACUACUUAGGCCAUCAUGCUGCCGGCCUCUCGCGCAUGAAGACUCUGCUUUCCAGCAUCGAUCUAGUGAUUGAAUGCCGCGAUUACCGCACACCUCUGUCCUCUCGCAACCCCACAUUUGAGCAGCACCUCGGUGAGCGCCCGCGCCUCAUCGUCUACACCCAGCAAGAUCUCGGGAGCAAUUACACAGCGGCAGACACUGCCAGGGAACGCAUAGUCGCAAAGUGGUUUCAACCAACGCCUACGCUCUUCACGUCUUCCACGUCGAAACAAGGCAUCCGUUCCAUCCUAGACUUCUGCCGCACGCAUGCCUCGACUGCCUCAAACUCCCAUCUCUUCGGCACACGAGUCCUCAUCGUUGGCAUGCCCAACGUCGGCAAGUCCACGCUGCUAAAUUCCCUGCGCCAACUCAGCCUCAACAAACGCAAAGCCUCUCGGACCGGUAACCAGCCUGGCGUGACCCGCAAGAUCGAAUCCGCAGUCAAGAUCAUCCAGGGCGAGGAAUCCGAGGGCGAUGCGGGCAGCGUCUACGUCGUUGACACUCCCGGUGUCUUCGUCACGUACGCGCCCGACGCAGAGAGCAUGCUCAAGCUCUGUCUAUGUGGCAGCGUCAAAGACACGAUUGUCCCACCAACGACGGUGGCCGACUAUCUACUCUACCACCUGAACCUGCACGACCCAUCCCUGUACGCCAUGUUCCAUCCAGAGCCAACGAAUGACAUUGGAGUCGUCUUGACCGGACUCGCACACAAGCAAGGGCGGCUCAAGAAGGGCGGCGUGCCCGACUUCGAUGCGUCAGCGCUUCAAUUCAUCCAACGCUGGAGGGCUGGUGAGAUGGGCCGGUUUGUGCUCGAUGACGUGACCGAGGAGGGCUUGCAAGAUAGGGACAACAUGCUGGAGGGUCUGGGCGGCAGUGUGAGCCAAGCUAGAAAGGAGCUCAAGGCCCAGAAGCGAGCCGCUGCUCAGCUGAAGACCUGA